AUGUAUCUGUCUGUAUUUGUGUUAAGUUUAUGUCUCAAACUGUCUAGUUCCUAUCCAUCCGGUGCACCACCAACUGUGUGCGGAACAAUGAUGCCAGGGCACAAUGUUGCACCGCAAGGAUUACCGCAAAUCAUCAACAUUUUCGAACUUUCUUCGCAAACAUACUCUCCUAAUUCUCCAAUAACAGUUAAAGUCAAGGGAACAAUGGCCGGGUUACUUCUUCAAGCGAGAAAAAACAGCGAUAUGCUUCAAGUUGGAUCUUUUUCAUCAUUACCGAAAGGAACCAAGGUAUUAACUUGUCAAGGAACGCCGAACUCUGUUACUCAUAGCAACAAAACCCCAAAUACAGACCCUACCUUUACCUGGAAUCCACCAGCAUCAGAUGUUGGUGACGUCACAUUCUAUCUAACCAUGGUGAAAGAUUAUAGUACCUUCUGGGUGAAAAUACCAAGUCCAAUACUCACGUAUUCAGGUGAGUUGAACCACGUGGGUUCAAGAAGGUGGGGGCUGAGGGGGGGGGGGGGAUCUAUUUCUAUCCGAAAACUCACUGUUCACAAACUUUAG